UAUGCUGUAGGUCCUCGUCUAACCGGUGAGAAGCCACGCGCCAGUUAGUGUGUGAACGUUCCGACUGUCGGACGGAUUUACGUUCACAGUUUCCCGGAUAUACGCUCGCCCGAUUUCACAGUGUUUGCGUAAUUGUACAACGAGUGCCUAACUACCGGUUGGGCAAUUGUGUUGCCAAAUCUGUUUGGAGGAGUGUAUGUGAAAUACGUAUCUAAGUGAGUGCAUUCAAUCAGUCUUCGAGGGUGUACGCAUCCUUCCUGAAAGUGAUAAAGCUAUGUGUGUUGUAUUGCAUCACACUGCUACCGUGUCUGGUCACGGACAAUUGAUCGUUUAGUGCCUCUCUUGACACAUUGAUAUUUUCCGAAACUCUAAACAUGCGCUUGCCUACUUGUCACGCCACCAUCUGACUUCUUCAUCUUCCCCCCGGAAUCUGCAAUAAGGCUUUCAGUGUCUUCAAAACAAAUUUUUCAAACCAACAUUGCGAAUCGCCUUGCAUCGAUAGUGAAAGUGACACUCUCUCAACUUAUGUGAAAAUGAGUUAUUUUCAACGCAUCAGUGUGCUCUUGCUGUGAAGUGAAUCUGUCGUAUUUUCGACACUGUUGUCAACGACUAUAGAACCUUGUGAUCCGGCGAAACCGAGUCGGAUGCAGUUUCCGUCGGUGGCUCUAGUGGCGAACUAAAAAUUGUAAACAUACAGUGGCGUUGAAUAAUUUAUGCAAUUACAGCUCCCAUCAGGUGCAGAUGCAGCAUCAUUCCUGCAUCAGACCACCGCUUUACGCUUCAUUCGACGGCCAUCAUUUCUACACGAGUGUUGCGUGUAUUUUCUAAGGCACUAGCACGAAAAUACACACACAAGGGACACAGAUACUGAUACCAUUUGACCGUGUGGAAAAGUUUCAUAUUCAUCACCCAUUGUUAUAUUAGUGACAUUAUGCCGAAACAUACGAAAUUAGUGAUUGUAGCAGUUGUGUAGCAUUGUGAAUGUAGUCAAUUAGUAGAAGAGAAUUACAAGUUAUUCAACGUUUUCAUAGUGUUCUGAAGCUGUUGCAUCACCAUUCUACCCAAGGCGAGAACAAUAAGGUGACCGAGGAGAUGAGUACAUCCUGGCGAUCAGUGGUAAUCCUAGCAAUACUAUGGCGAUUCUUCUACGACAGAAAUCUUUUGGCACACUGUUGUCCCGUGGAGUGUAUCUGUCUCUCACAAACACAGGUGAUGUGCAACACCGGUGCGCUGCGUGAGAUACCAUUGAAAGCCAUCCCUGUCACGGUAGAGCAACUGUCACUCACAAAAAACUACUUCCCAAUCAUCAAAAGUGAUGCUUUCGGUGGGUUAUGAGCGCUACGUAAGCUGUCACUCGACGGCAAUAACAUCACCACUAUUAAACCAUUUGCUUUCCGUGGUUUACCACGGCUACGAGAUCUCUCGAUCCAGCAUACACCUUUGGCAACGGUUGCAUCAUUUGCCUUUGCCGGGCUGCAGAACGUCUCGCAGAUACAGCUGUCACACAACAAAAUCCUACGCAUCGAAGGGUACGCAUUUGCCGGGGCCGUCAACAUUCGACAGAUACAUCUCGCCGACAACCCAACCGUAACGAUCGAGACGAACGCAUUCUCCAGCCUUAGCAACGUCGAUCGACUCAUCCUACCGUCGGGUAUACGUGUGAUCGAGCCGGACGCUUUCUACGGGCUCGAAACGGUUGGCUAUCUGAAGCUUUCUUUCAUGGAUCUUGCCUCCCUGGAGCCGUACACAUUCCGGGGCCUGACGCACGUCAAACUGCUCUCCCUGCAAGAAUCUGAUCUAGGUAUCAUACGAGCUGGCGCCUUUGAGGGUCUUGUGCAAGUAGAGCUGCUCAACAUACUCAACAACAAAAUUGACGCCAUUCAGGAGCUCAACAUUACUGCGGCCAAUAGAAUCAGGGUGCUUCGGAUACAGGGUAACCAUCUGCUCGAAACUCCCGAAAGUGGCUCAAUCGUGCUUGAGGGCAUCGAUACACUGCAUGUAAAUAGUAACUACUUUCCGUGCGGAUGUCACAUCCACACGCUCCUAGAUAGUCCCCUCGCAAACGGUAGCUACUCAUCGCGCGAUGGUGCACCUACAGGUGACUUUCUCUCCAAGAACUACUGCAUCUCCCCGCUCGAGGUGAACGGGAUGCCAAUGAGCUCAAUCGAUCUAUACUCGAUCGGGCGUUGCUUGGAGCAAGUGACGCGAGAAAAUCUCGAGGCCACCAACUCAGCCACACCGACCGUGCGCCAAGGACAAUCGUGGCACUGGUGGCAGCAGUGGAGAAAAGAACAAACUCGGCGUACUCGUGAGAAGACACUCAUUUCGGCCGUGUCGUCGGCUGUGCGGUUUCUGGCGGCAUCACCUUUUACAUCGAUGUUGUUUGUUGGAUGCUUGCAAAGUGCAAGUGUAAAAAUGAGUUGAACUUAAACAAUCCAUGUAAAUUGAUGAGGCCAAUAGAAAUGCAACGUUGAAACCACAACUGUUCAGUUUAGUAUUUAUACCGGCAGAAUUCUGAGAUACGCUUCUUGAAUGUCGGAUUAUUGCUUGUUUGACAAUAUGUAAGGUAUUAAAUAUUUUCUCAACGAAAUUGUGAAAGUGUAAAGGCUAUGAAAAAAACAUCCUUUUUUUAUUCAGUGAAUAACUUUCGUCGGUAUAGUCGUCGGUAGUAUAUAAAGGUUUUGUUGUAUCCGCAGAGAGAAUGUAUUUGCUACAUCUAAACGAGAUUUGUACUGACGACUAGCAUGGCCGUAUACUUGACCGAGAGGACAGUUAGGUUGUCAAUUACCAGCAUGCUAUUCUACAAAAUUAAACCAUACAUACCCCUCAAACAACCACAUUUUAACACUCACCCUCCCUCACCGUUGCAGACUCUUUAACGGUUAAAAUUAGGUUUCAAUUAAAGCGGACGUCAACCACAGCAACAGCAUUAUAUGAACUUUGCGGUUUUUUUUUGUGCGUAACUUUUAUUACGUGGUUUGACGUGUUAUGCCUCGUACUACAUUGAAUGUCUCUUUUUGCAUAACAAUCAAUGCAAAAUGCAAUAUGAUGUAAACCUCAAAACGCUUCAAUCAAAAUCGUUUAUGUUAGCGGUUAACCGUUGGUUAACCGUAAUAAAUAAUGCAACACCUGUGAUGAUCCUUUCGUAUCAUUAUUAUCUUCUAUUCCAUUGACAGCCUCAUUGAGUAUUUUUCUUCCAUCAAAUGAAUCCCCUGAUUCCCUUUUUUGUUUUAUCGUUUGGACUGCUGAAAAAAGUCUGUUAAAUGUAAUAAGCUAAUAUUUUCUAAUUAGUUCUAAUAAGAAGACCCACAUGCACUGUGGAAGUGCAUUGGUACUCAAAAUAUGUUCAUUUACUCAGCAAACAAACGUUCCAAGAGCGCUAAAUGCUGUGUAUUGAUCCUGUUAGAAGUAUCGCUAGCAAAAGGAAUAAGUUUGGAAAAGAAAACCACGAGUUUUCCAGCCUCAAGACAACAAUCCUUUGUUCGGUAUUAAUUUCAUCAUUGAAAUCAUCGUCAACAUAAACAACAAAACCUGCAAAACUAGGAAUGCUGCUUGAAUACUGUUGCUUGCUUGCAAUACUGUUCUUCGAGCCCUAACUGACCUACAUUAUCAUCACUAUCAUCAUCAUCGGCAUCAUGCAUAUGGGUAUUGGAUCUUUUUACGACCAACACUGGAUGCACAUUUCUCUGCUGGUUAGCGUAUACACCCGGACAAAAAAUAUACAGAUAAAACACAGGAAGCGGGGCUUCAAAAAGAUUUUGCUACUCGUUGAAUAAAUUUGUUUUGCUGCAGUUUUCCUGUGGUUUCUUACUCCACAGUUUAUGUUGCUGUGAGGUUGUUUAAAACUGACCACCACAAAUUCGUUAUGCCGUGGUAGUACAGCAAUUUUCUACGACGCUUGGUUGAAGGCAUACAACUAUGUGUUUCAAACAAACGCGACACAAAAUAUAAUAUCUGAAUAUGCCUUUGGUAUGUUCUUACAUGGCUAAUGUUGGCUAAUUCUAUUAUGAAUAAGUUGAACCAAUUAUUACGGUUUUUAUCAUCAUACAUUCAACCUUAUUUCUGUAAAUCUGUAAAGGAUAUUUUCACACCAAUUGAAUUUUUACGCAAUUAAGAAAUACCUUGGAAUUGCUUAUAUGAUGCACAGAUGAUCAACUAAUGGGUUAAAAUAUUUAAUAACACUAAGUUUAACAUAAUUAAAAAGUUUAUCUUUGACCAGUACAUAAUACAACCGCAUUGAUUUGUGACAAUUUUCCUGGACAACAUUCAGUAAAACGCCACACCUCCAUCAGUCAAAAUUUGGAUUGCUUUUUUACGUCCGUUGUAUGUGUCGUUCCAUCCAUGAAGUUUCCAAUUUGACAGUCAAAAUAUCUGCUACAUACAUUUGCUUCCUAUAAAUCAUUCAAUGUAUGACUCUUCUCACCAUCUGACUGAAUAGUCACACUUACAGUUUACUCGGUUUAUUUUUUGUAGUGGCAGUGCAAAAUGCAGCUCUUUGAAAGCUGAAACUAGAUUUCUGCAUCCUUUAGUUUUGUAUCAGUUGUCAAUUAGCUAGAUGUAAGCCCUGCGGCAUACCAGUUGGUUGAACAUUAUUUUAUCCUCCAACGUUCCAUUCGUUCUGCUUCAAUACGGGCGUGGUUUUGGGAACAGUACUGUUUAAUAAUAAUGUUAAAUUAACGAAUAGCUAUGUUAAUACAAGCGUUGCAUUUUAGUAACUCUAUCUCUUCGACUGUAGGCUUAUCGCAACCAUCGAUUUAAAAGUAAGCAUUGUAGUGUUUCAACCGUAAGAAUAAUAUGUUUGUAAAUACUACGACGUAAGGCACUAGCAUAAAUGUAGCUGAUUAAAACAAUACAAGCAAACAGAUAAAAGACAGCGUAGCCAGGUGAUUACAUAAAAAUCAUCAAUUUAUAUGGAUUGGUAAUCCAUUUCAGUAACAUAUACGUUAUCAUACCAUAAACAAUAAAUGCCUGGUUAAAAAACAAUUACACACACUGCCAAUGCUAUUUUGAGAAAUAUUUUAAGCAUCCUAUGAUCCACUAUUCAAAUACGCAUACACAAAGUUUUCUGGGUUUUCGAAAACACAUUUUAAUUUGAACAGCGCUAUUCAAUGCUAGUAUGCUCACGAACAUAUUUAACAACUAACAAAUAUGUUGAACAACAUAUCGCUAGUGGUAAAUGAAGCAGUUCUGAUUCCAAACUCAUCAGGAAAACCUGAAUAACAUCUUUUCUCAUAUUCAUUGAAGCGUGAUUAAUUCACAUAAUAUUGAUUUUCUAUACUUUUUUUCAUUAUUUGUAAUUAUUUAUUAUUUCAAAUACUCAUAUUAUUUUCAUUAUGAAAGUCUUCGGAAAUCUACCAGCUUUUGCUUGCCUUAUACUUGUAUACCUAAACCAUAAAACUUAUCGCUGCUGAGCAUGUAGAAGCUUUAUAAACGAUGAGUUUAAAAAAAGUUCAAUUAACGCCUGAUUUAACCACAUAUUGAAAUUCCCAAGGAAUAAAAAAAACAAAAACUUUGCUGGAAUACGCUGCUUGUCGAAUGGUAGAAGCUUUUAAAUCAUUGAAUGUUAGGUUUCAAUUUGCAAUUAAGCCCUGAACUUCCCUAAACUUAUUAGAACAUGAAAUGGUUUAAUGUGUACACACCACAAACAUUGGUUGGCACAACCAAACUUUUAUUGGUUUGCAUAACUGACUUUUUUUUGUUCGAUUCAUCGCCAUUGUUUAGGGCAAUUAUCUUCGGAGGGAUAAUUGAUCCAUUCGCUGUCCUAACAUAAUGAGAAAGUUUUUGAUAUAUUUGUUUCUAUUAAAACAAUGUUUUUUUGCUGCCUGUUUACAUAGCAUGUCACUAGUCGUGUACUCCUAAUAAUUACCCUAAUCCUCCCUAAUAAUUACCAAGUAUUUGUUAUUAUUAAACACGUUAUAAAAUUAAUUCACACUAUGUUUAAUAACAUUUACAUCAGUGGCAUCCGUUGUAUUCUACUCUAUUAUAAUAUCUUCAAUUAUUUAAUGAUUUAUUUUUGUUCUAUUGAAGUUUUUUUUUGCUUGGUCUAUGUAUAUAAGAUAUAUACGAAAAACUAAUUGAGUUCUCUAGUGUCUUUUCAUUAAUUAGCUUAGCUAUCUAUUAGUUAGCUUGAGUAAGAACGAUUCAUUUCAAUGACUUUUCAAACAGGAUACUAUGAAUAGGUUCAUCUACAAUCUAUAGAUAACUAACAAAUAAUUCUUAUUGAGCUUUUUAUGGAUUGCAAAUUGAUUUUCAUAUGUUUAAUUUUUAUGAAAACAUAUACAAAAAAUGAGCACCAAUUUAUAAAAACCAUGGGAAAUCCCAGUAAAUCGGGUAAAAUUUUUAGACUACAGGGACUAAAUGAAAAUUCUAUAGGAUCACUAACAACACAAAAUAGGAAGAUAAUGCACUCAUUCUAAAUUGCAUAAAAAGUGGGCAGUAAAAAAUAUGCUAUGUAACAUCAAUUGAAUGAAAAUAUAAAAAUUUCAUCUGAACAGAAACAUAAUUUACAUUCAAAGAAUGCAUCUCACAAUGACGUAAGCCUUGUAUUGCUACGCAUCGUAAAUCCACAUGACAUUAAACGCGUCAAACAACAGACCAAAUUGUUUUUGAGAUUAAACUUCAACAAAAUGUGUAAUGUCUACAGUAGUUUAAUGCUUCCGGCAAAAAAGAUGUAUGUAUGUGUCUGAGAGUCUCAGAAACAGGAAAUAAAAUGAACUCUUGUUGUUGACUGCGCAAAGUUAAUUCAACUUAUUAUCAUUACAGAAAAGGCAGCUGAAACUUGCUACAUAAUUAUGCAUUACGAUCCAAACCAUGUAAUGCAAUUCGAAAACCAUUCCUUUUUUAAAAACAAAUCGUUGCUAUCAUCUGUCUGCCAAGGUUAUUCAUAAACGAUAUAUUAAAUUAAUAUACAAGCUGUUUUUGUGAAAUGAUGAUGAAUAAUAAGCUCAAACGCUUUACAUAUUCCCGUGUACAUUUACAAGUAAAAACUACGCUGAUGUGGAUUAUUUUGCUAUAAUUAUUUAAGUUCCUAGAGCCUUAAGUGAAAAUAGAAAAUGUUUUUAUUGAUAUAAUUUUGUUGGCUGU